UGGUGUUUACAGUUUGUAUAUUCCGGAUCGCACAUAAUACUACAUAGUGUAUAAUGUAUAAUGGUGAUGGUGUAAAGCUGUAUAAUGAGGAAGUGCGGUGUAUUGGUGCAUAAUUUAUACGGACGAUUAUGUGACUGCCUGCGUUCUUUUUGCCUGCUGAUAUGUUGGUGGCGGUCGAACAAAGUCUCCGCGGCAUCGCAAACGCGGCAGAUCGAGGUUGGCGUUGUGGAGGAAGGUGGAAAGCGCCGUAAGCACAACAAAAUCAAGACCUCCAAAUACUCUCUGCUCAUGUUUAUACCGAAGAAUCUCAGCGAGCAGUUCCGGAGAGUUGUAAACUUUUACUUCCUGACUGUCACCAUAAUUGCUAUUGUUAUUGAUAGUCCAGUCUCCCCAUUUACGAGCAUCGCGCCGUUAAGUUUUAUGGUGUUGGUGACCGCCGUCAAGCAGGGCUACGAAGACUGGCUGCGCCAUAAGGCUGAUAACAAAGUCAACAACCAGAUUGUGGAAAUAGUCCAUAAAGGUGUCAUCAAAGAAGUGAAGAAUUCUUCAAUCGCACCCGGCACACUGGUCAGAGUGAAACGUGGACGAGAGGUUCCUGCUGACUUGGUGCUGCUAUGCGCUGAGGGAGAGAAGGGGAAGUGUUUCAUCACCACAGCCAACUUAGAUGGCGAGACCAAUCUGAAGACCCUCAGGGUACCUCCGCCGUUAGUUGGAUAUACAGCAGAUAUCAUACCGUCAGGCAUACGUAUCGAGGUUCCUCACCCAGUGGCUGAUUUGUACACGUUUUAUGGGCGCCUUGAAAUCCCUGGCAUGGACAGCUUGGCUUUGUCGACAGAUAAUAUUAUGCUGAGGGGAUCUCGGGUAAAAAAUACGGAAUGGGCAAUUGGAUGUGCUGUUUAUACGGGGGAGGAAACAAAGCUGGCCCUCAACUCAAAGUAUGCAGGCAACAAAUUUUCCUCAAGCGAAACAGUAGUCAAUUUUUACCUAAUGUUUUUUAUCUAUCUGCUCAUUUUGGAGAUGACAGGUUCCUAUGUGGCAAAAGUGAUAUUAGAACACUGGCAAUCCGAGCAUGAGCUGUACAUAGGACCUUCUACAGAGGAUCCUUUCAGAGCCAAGAAUAUUUUUCAGGAUUUAUUUUCCUUCCUGCUUCUUUACUAUUAUAUUAUUCCCAUGUCUUUGUACGUUACCAUUGAGUUGUACAAGUUUAUUGGCGCUUUUUUCAUUGGAUGGGACGAAGAUCUGCGUUGCGAUGAAACUGGAAGGUCAGCAAUGGCUAAUACUUCAGAUUUAAACGAAGAUUUGGGUCAAGUGGAAGUUUUAUUUUCUGACAAAACCGGAACCCUCACUAAGAACCUAAUGGUAUUCAAAGCAUGUUCAAUUAAAGGACAAAUCUAUGAGGAAAGAGAUUCCAAACUUUACGAUUUAGAAAGGUUCGAUGAACCCGUAGAUAUUUUUCAGACAGACAUCAAAUUGUUCUUUACAAUCCUCGCUUUAUGCCACUCAAUUCAAGUUUCCAGUGAAGAUAUGAAGAAGUUAAGUGCACGAUUCACUGGGAGUGACAGCUUGCAAUUCAUCAAUAUCUUCCGUCGAAAGAAACAAAGUAAAGCAAAUGGAAAAGAAGCAGGAGGGAAUAAGAUUUGGAAUAUGGUUAACGUAAAUAAAGUAGACUAUCAAGGAAGCAGUCCAGACGAAAAAGCACUUGUGGAAGCAGCUGACAGGAAUGGCGUUACAUUUUUAGGCGAAGAAGGCAAUAAUUUAAUACUCAAAAUUGGUGAUAAUACAGAAAUGUAUGAAAGAUUGCAGGUGAUAGAGUUUACUUCUGAGAGAAAACGAAUGUCGGUUAUCGUGAGAGAUAAGGAUGGGAAGAUAUGGCUGUACUGCAAAGGUGCUGAGUCAUCGGUAUUUUCAAUUUGCAAAGACACUGUGUGUAUAGAAGAAACAGACAGGGACAUAAACACAUUCGCAAACAAAGGACUGAGAACAUUAGCAAUAGCUUAUAGAGAAAUACCACUAGAAGAAUAUGAAAGAAUAUCUGAAUUAAUAAAACAAAUAGAUGCCAGUAGUGCAGAGGCGUUCAAGCAGAUUACUCAACAAUACAGAGUUUUAGAGCUGGAUUUAACACUGAUAGGAGCAACUGCUGUUGAGGAUUGCCUCCAAGACGAUGUUGCGGAUACUCUUGCUUCCCUACGCAGAGCUGGCAUUCAUACAUGGGUACUGACUGGCGACAAGGUGGAAACAGCAAUCAACGUAUCGCAGUCUUGCUCGCACAUUUCAGAAAACGAUAAGCGAAUGUACUUAGUAGGCAUACAAGAUGAAGAGGCCUUGCAAGCUCACUUAGAUAUUUGCAAGCGCACCCUCCAAGAGCCUAGUUACAGAGAUCUGACACUCAUAGUAGACGGCAUGAGCAUGAGCCACGUACUGGACACUCUAGCUGCCGAUGUGUUCGUGGAUAUAUCGAUGAAAUGUCACGCUGUGCUGUGCUGUCGACUGUCACCUUUGCAGAAAGCUAAAAUAGUUAAAUUAAUAAAAAAUAGUCCAGAGCGUCCAAUAACCGCUGCGAUUGGGGACGGGGCGAAUGACAUAUCAAUGAUACAGGAAGCACAUGUCGGCUUUGGUAUAUUUGGUAAAGAGGGUCAUCAAGCUGCUAGGUCUGCAGAUUUCGCGUUCACAAAAUUCUCUAUGAUAAAAAAGAUGUUGCUAGUAUUGGGCCACUGGUACUAUCAGCGGUUAGCAACACUUAUACAUUAUUUUUUCUAUAAGAAUUUAGUCCUUGGAAAUAUUAUGUUUAUCUUUCAAACGAACUCGAUGUUCUCUACUCAAUCGAUUUUCGACUCGAUGUAUCUCACAUUCUACAACCUGUUUUUUACCUCGGUCCCUUGCCUGAUACUCUCGGUAACCGACCAGAGGUGGCCAGCCAAUCUUCUGUUACAAAACCCAACAUUAUACAGAGAAAUAAGGAAAAACAAGCUACUGGGCUGGCCACGCUUUGUAGCUUGGUUCAUCGCAGCUCUCUACCACACUCUUAUUAUUUAUUAUUUCUCAUUGAUAAUAUUCGAGCCAUCCGUUAUCAACAUGGACGCAAAAAAUGUGGAUUUAUGGUCUUUUGGCGCAGUCCUCUUCCAUCUGAUCCUGCUGGUGGUCACGUUAAAGCUGUGGAUGCAGGCCGGCUACCACACGCUCAUCUUCGUGGCGUCAAACGUUCUCUCCUUCUUGCUCUACAUAGCUUUCAACUCUCUAUACUCUUCGUUUUAUUUCCAAAUCGACGGCGACGUCCUCGGAACUUACAUUCGGCUUCUGCACUCACCGACUUUCGGUUUUUUGAACCUCCUCAUCGUAUUCGCCGCUCUCGUGCCAGAUUUCUGCGUUCGGAUUAUUUCCGACAGAUGGGGAGCAAGAAACAUCAAAUCUGGAGACCAGGGACCUUCAGUUUUUACGACUAGACUAUAAAAGUUCUUUAAAGUUAUUAAAUUAUUAAUUAUUGUAACAUAUAUU